AUGAGAGCACGGUUUUUAUUUAAGACAAUUGUGUACUUUCUAAUCGCAACAAUAACAGGGCCGUUCUUCGAUAACUGGACCACAACAGAGAAGUUCCUAUUCCAAAGCGAUGCAUACGUCUCCAAAUGUGUCGAAAGUGAUAUCGUGGGCCCACCGACGGAUACUUUUAGAUGUGAAAAACAGCAAAUCGCAAUCAGCUCACUACUAUCAUACGCAAGGAUGUUUGAGUUUGCAUCAUCGGUAACAACAGGGAUUUUGGUGGAUUACCUGGGUCCCAGAAUCGUAGCCAUUGUAGGCGUUUUUAUGUGCAUACUGUCCUGGAUCUUCCUUGUCAUUUUCCCGAAGUCGGGAACAAUGCUAAGGAUCUCAAUGAUACUUAUUGGGUUGACUUCAAACGCCACGCUGUUUCCAGCGCUGACGAUAGAAAGAUACUCAAAGAGCCGCAAAUCGCAGGUGAUGAUUUUUGUAGGAUCAUCAUCGUCUUUCACAUGUUUACUAAUUAAGCUGGUCGAACUAGUCGCGAGAAAAACGCCAAUGUCACCUAAGAUGGUCGGACUGCUGUUCAUAUUCGUGUUUUUGUUACCCUGUCUAGUGGGUUCGUUUCUGUUCUUCCCAGACAAUUUAAAUAAUGACGCGAAAAGAUAUUUACAAUAUGAAGAAGGGUUGGAAAGGGAUACAGAAGAAUGUUUAAAACCAGUUGAGGAGGAAGUGGAGGGAUUACAUUACAAUGAGCUGGCGAGACAAGUUUCAGUCAUUUCGCUUUUACACACCAAAUCAUAUAGUAGAAAAAUAGAUAAGUCAAGAUUUAAAAGGCCAGAAUCAACUGAAAUUAAAUCAGCACAGAACGAAUCGUUAGAAAUAACUAAAAAAAUUAGUCUGGAUAUUAAUCCUUGUAGUGUAAUUGUAACUGAAGAGUCUUCAAAGGAGAACUUACCAACAGAGGAGACGGGGGAAACCAAGCCAAAGUGGAAUUUUAAAGGGUUUUUAAAGGCACUAAACUCAGUGGAGGUCAUAGUGUGCACACUGUAUUUCUCACUCAACGUGGUUUCAAUCACAUACUCACAACAAUCUUACACAAUCAUUUAUAGCUCAAACUCCUUCUUGUUGGCGUUCGCAGAAUAUGUACUUCCAUUCUCGUUUAUCCCCUGCAUCAUCUUCAUUUUUAUAACUAGGUGCAUCUCACCAUAUACACUAAUCAUGGGAAUUGGAGUUAUCUGGGCCUUGAUGCAACUAUGUUCAAUGUUCUACGAUUACACAGCAGGAAUCUUCAUUGUCAUCUUCUUCAACAUAUGCUACAGUAUAUACAAUACACAAGUGUACAUUUACAUCGAAUCUGUAGUUAAUAAGGAUUACUAUUCAAGCAUUCUGGGAUUCCUUAACACAAUGGGAGGGGUCAGCCUCUUAGUCAACAUGUUCAUCAUCAGUCCGUUAACGGAUAAGAGUGUGAUCACGAACAUCAACAUCGCUCUUCUGUUUCUUAGAAUAUUAUUUCUAUUCAUCUUCACCUUCAUAUAUUUCAGGAGAUCCCUAGUGAGAUGGGAGGGUACCAAGCAUACAACGUCAUAA